UCUGUCUGUCUGUCUGUCUGUGUCCCAGUGGUGGAAAAAUUAUCCAAUUUUCAUUCUUGAGUAAAAGUAAAGAUACCUUUUAAUAGAAAAUUACUCAAGUAAAAGUGAAAGUCACCCAGUAAAAUACUACUUGAGUAAAAGUAUUCGGGUUUUAAAUAUACUUAAGUAUCAAAAGUAAAUGGACUUGCUAAAAUAUACUUAAGUAUCAAUAGUAAAAGUACAACAUAUUUGUUAUUCCUUAUAUUAAGCAAACCAGACACAUUUACAAUUGAGGCAUUUGUGUUUAGUGAGUUCACUAGAUCAGAGGAAGAAGGGAUGACCAGGGAUGUUAAGCAUUCAAAUUAAUAAGUGCUUUUGAGUGUCACAGAAAAAAAUACAUCAUACAUCAUCACAGGAAUGUAGUGAAGUAAAAGUAAAAGUUGUCAAAAAUACAAGUAGUAAAGUACAGAUACCAAAAAAAACUACUUAAGUAGUACUUUCAAGUAUUUUUACUUAAGUAAUUUACACCACUGGUGCGUGCAUGCAUGGAUGUAGAUCUGUAGCAUCUGCUGUGAUGUUGAAGGAGUAAGCAUUGUUAUGUUAGUACUGAAAUAUUGUCCGACCUGUCAGAUGAAUUUGAGAUGUAAAGUUGACUCUUUUAGACCAAGGGAUUGCAGCCAACACAUAUAAAAGCAGAUUUUCGUCAACUACUCUUGCAUUGUCUCCAAAGACAAAACCCUCCUUGUCUUUCAGACUUUUUUGUUUUGUGCUGCUGGUGAUCAUGCCGAAAAUAAAACAAACAUGACAUAGGAAGGAAAGGAGCAGCAAGCCAAACAAUAUAGAGAGCAGGAGAAAGUCAAAAUAGGGAAGUCAUACUUUCUCAGAGCUUGGACUAUUGCUAUUAGUAAUGGGUGGACCAUUAUCCUGAUGUAAUCUCUUAAUAUUACAUUGUCCUGUGACCUUGGGGCAAAAUGUGGCCAAAAGUAUUCAAUGGGCUUUGAGUGACAUGAAAGAAUGGUGUUGGAGCUUAAAGGAAAGGACAUGAUGUCAGACAAACUCUGAGACAUCCACAGUUAGAUGGGGCUGACACCUUUACACACACUAUAUAUACCUUUCUCGUUAACAUUUUGUAGAAGCAGUUGACCUUAGACACUUAAACAAGUCGCUUGAUAAUAAUGAAGCUUUGAAUGAUGAAUGGCAGUUAUUCAGUCAAAGCUAAUUCUACAAAUUGUUUAAAGAUAUAGGACUAUGCUCUUUGAAAUUGGAAAAGAAAUGGUCUUAAGUAGUCUCUUAAAAGUAAGUAAGUAAAAGGGACUGAACGAUUCGGGAGGAGUCCAAUACCCUCAUUGGUCAGACUUCUAAAAGUGAAGUGUGGAAUUGCUGAUAGACUAUACGGAUAGGCUAAAGAUGAUCCAAAUGUCCAAACGUUUUAGUCUGUAGCUCCCAGGUCUCAAUAACUGGGAGUAAAUGGUGUGUGUGUGUCUACCAAGACAUAACAUAAUGAAUUCAUGGCUGGUUUACUCUACCACUACAGUGCCUCUACAGAAAGCUAUCGUUCAGGUACCAGACUUGAGUAAACCCUGCUGGAGAGAUGGUUCACCUUUUUGAAGUUUUAUCUUAUUUUCUACUUUCAAAUGUGAACUAUCCCUGAUGGGAAAAUUGUUCAUUUGUGACUAACUGGUCUGUAUGAGUAUUGAUUAUGUUAAUAAUAACUUAUUUAUGAGCAGGGUGGAAAGGCGAAGCCCCAGUGGACUGUCUCCCCUAUUUCAAAUGAGUCAAGGGGCUAAGAGUCAAGUCUGCUAGGAAAGUGUGAGUCAAAAUCAUCAUGUUGCUGUGACUGACCUAGAGGGACCAUACUGUAUGUAUGCCAUGACACCAUUAUUUGGUUAACACAGACAUAAGACAAAAAGCAGAAUAAAGGAUUGUGUGCUGUGCUUUCCUUAUAUCACAGAACAGAAAGAACCACCCUGUCCUCUCCUAUCAGGUGUCCCAGGGUGUUUUCAGGGUAUUUCCCCCUUCCCUCUCCAUUCAACAGCUGCCCUCAGUGUCACCAGCACAGAAAUACAAUUACCAUAAGGGACAUUCCCAGCCAUGAGCGUGAAAUUGCCGUGGUCUGAGGGGCUUUGUCCAUUCUAGUUUUCCUAUUUCUAUAGACUCCAGACAAGCACCAAGCACCGUAAAGUGAGCAUCAUUGUUCUCCUUUCCGAGGUAAACAACAGAAGGAGGAGGGCGGAAGGGCAGAGGGAGCACCUUCUUCCUCCCUAAAGUACCCCCAGCUGCCAAGACCCCAGUCAGGCCGUUCCAGAGGUGUGGUGUGUGACGGGUGAUGGCCGACUGGAGUCUACUGGGAAACUUCUUGGAAGAGGUGCAGGAACACUCGACGUCUGUGGGCAAGGUGUGGCUCACCAUCCUCUUCAUCUUCCGUAUUCUUGUCUUGGGAACGGCCGCUGAGUCGUCGUGGGGAGACGAGCAGGAGGACUUCACCUGCGACACGGAGCAGCCUGGAUGCGAGAACGUUUGUUACGACACGGCCUUCCCCAUCGCCCACAUCCGCUACUGGGUGCUGCAGAUUGUCUUCGUGUCCACACCGUCGCUCAUCUACAUGGGCCACGCCAUGCACACGGUGCGCAUGGAGGAGAAACGCCGGCGCAAGGAGCAGGAGGACCAGGGGGGAGGUGACAGGGAGGAAGGAGGGGAAGGAGGAGAGGAGAAGCAUUAUCUGGAGCAUGGGGAAGACAAGGGGGGAGAGUGCGGGAAGGAGGGCAGCGGCAUAGGGAGGGUGCGUCUGCGCGGGGCGCUGCUGCAGACUUACGUGUUGAGCAUCCUGAUCCGGACGCUAAUGGAGGUGGUCUUCAUCGUGGUGCAGUACAUCCUCUACGGGGUCUUCCUCAACGCCCUGUACGUGUGCCACAGUCGGCCCUGUCCCCACCCGGUUAACUGUUACGUCUCGCGGCCCACAGAGAAGAAUGUGUUCAUCGUGUUCAUGCUGGCCGUGUCGGGCGUGUCGCUGUUUCUCAGCGCCGUGGAGCUCUACCACCUGGCCUUUAAGCAGUGUCAGAGGUUUCUGAGGAGUAAACGACAACAGCAACAACAACAGCAACAUCAACUGCUACAAGGACGCACGCCCUCAAGUGCUACGGUCAUAGCCGCUGAACCGGACAGCCCACCCCGUCCGUCCAUGCCAUGCACCCCGCCCCCAGACUUCAGCCAGUGUGUGAGCUCUUCCCCUCACACACACCCCAUGCACACCCAAUCCCACCCCCAUCCUAGCUGCCCUCCCUUCAACAACCGGCUGGCCCACCAGCAGAACUCAGUCAACAUGGCCACUGAGCGCCACCAUGUUGUCCACGAUGACCUGGGGAAGGAAGACUUCCUGCACAUGACCUAUGAGGGGCACGCCGACACGCCCAACGCCUGCACCCCGCCCCCUUCGCUGCUCCAAAACGGCUUCCAAAAUGGCUACCUGAAAGACAAGAGGCGUCUGAGCAAGACCAGCGGCUCCAGUAGCCGUGUGCGACCCGAUGACUUGGCUGUGUAGCCCCAAUUCCCAACACACACACUGUUCCUGGAUCAUUUCAAACACACACACACACACACACACACACACACAAGACUGGGAUGACUCUGGCUCUUCUGUUGUGGGGGACUAAUUUGAGCACUGCAUUGGCACAAGUCAACAAAGUUACAAAGUAUCGCAAGUCAUGAAACAGAAUACUCGAGCUAAUCAGAAGUCCUGAAAUAUGGAUGCUUGAGGAACAAUUGACAUACACAUUGGCACUUAGAUAUCAUUAGUAUGGGUCUCAGUCAUGGUUUUGAGAUAUGGAUCCACGGGCACAACACAGCUGUAGAGGGGUUAGUGCCUUCAUAUUUAGCCCUCAGGACUAAUCCCCUAAUGUGACUGUCUGAGACAUCUGUCUGGAUGCGUCCUAAAUGGCACCCUAUUGCCUAUAUAGCGGCAGGUAGCCUAGUGGUUAGAGUGUUGGGCCAGUAACCGAAAGAUGGUAUCCCCGAGUUGACAAGGUAAAAAUCUGUCAUUCUGCCCCUGAGCAAGGUACUGUUCCCUGAAGACGUGGAUGUUGAUUAUGGCAGACCCUCACACCUCUCUGAUUCAGAGGGGAUGGGUUAAAGGUGGAAGACACAUUUCAGUUGAAUGCUUUCAGCUGACUAGGUAUCCCCCUUUACUUUUAACCAGGGCACAUAUAGCUUUGGUCAAAAGUAGUGCACUAUAUAGGAGAAUAAGGUGCCAUUUGUGACAGAGACAUUGACUGCUGUCUCUGAGUCUCUCCCUGAGAGACAGGGAGGGGCCUUGUGCCAAACCUGAGAAUGAGUGGGUCACUGCCACACUAUCAGCUCUGUGACACUGACUGGCUGCUGGGGACAGCUAAGUGGGACAGAUGACAGCCAGUCUGUCGCUCAGAGAGAGAGAGAUAUGUGAAGGACGGCUGCCUGUCAGUGACCCACAAACGCACGCUUCGACAAAUGCUGUACACGUGUCGGCUUGCUCUCUCUCACGCACGCACACAUACACAUACAUUUACAGAGGCACGCAGACACUUUCAUUGGCAUACAAUACAAACAUGCAGACACACCAUUGUGAAUCCUGAUGUUGUAAUCACCUCCCAAAACCACUUCCCAAAACCAUUGUUACUAACUUUGCAAUUGAAAACGCUCGUAAUCGAACAACUUCUAGAACAGCAAAGUGAGUCAGAUGCUUUUUCGCCCUUAUACACAGAGAUAUCUGCUAAACUUUGAAUCACAGUGUGAUAGUGUCUCUGUGACAUCGAUAACUUCAGAACAAAGUUGACUACAAAUGCAAUGAUGCCAAUGUGUUUGCAAUUGAUACAAACAAGCGACUUAGAAAAAUAAGCUUAAAAUGAUCAAGAUGACUGCAUUAAAAUAUAAAGAGUAGGCUGUAGGCCUAUAUCAAUAAUAUGUUAUAAAAUGUUCAAAUAAUUUAGUUAAAUUUUGCUCCU